AUGACAGAGGCACAAGUGACGUAUCACACACUAACGGAAUCAUUACUCAAGGACAUGAUUUCGAUUAUCAUAAAGCAGCAAAUUGCCAACACUUAUAGCGAUUACAUGACCGUGGAAAACAAUACUGUUGCCGACCCACAAGUAGACCAAUUACUCGCCAAUUUCAAUCAGCCCAAGGACGUCAGUCGUGACAUUUUUGGACAGGAUAAAACCAAAUUGAAAACAAAUGAGACUUCGCGAUACUUUAGUUGUGAGAAUUGUGGGCAGAAAGAGAAAGACUUGAGUGGGGAGAAUAUGGUUGAAUUCCAUUAUAAAACUAACUUCGGGAUGUCAUUUGAGAUUGCGAUGUAUAAUAUAAACCCUUUAAAGGACCCUAUUGGGUGGUACAUGUUCCAAGACCAGCUUUGGACUCUGGCAACUUACCUUCAGCAGACGUUUUUCACCACUGCAACAAACAAGAUCAACUUGCAGCAUACAAAGAAUACAUGGAUAUGA